AGCAUGAUGGCUCCGGUAGCUAGCUGCCACCGUGCUAUCACACAGGUCGCUUCGCCCGGUGAGCUAACGCGAUGUGGGCGCAGAUACACGCUUCACCGUGGUAACCGGGAAGUCUGACAACACGCAGAGGAUCGGGGGCAACAUGCGGAGACGGUGUGACUGAAUCUAGGGAGGAAAAAAAAGCGCUAAAAAUGGACAAGCCUUUUGACCCUAAACAGCAGAGGAGACAUAUAAAGGAGCCUGCUGAGUCACGCACAGCUUCACCACCAACUCAUAUAUUACCAAAUGAGUCUGAUGUUGGCUCUUUGUCAAGGAACCACUUAGGUCCGAGCCCAAAGCCAGCAAGAAAAACAGGCGAUGUACCGAGGAGUCAUGGCUACAACAACAGGCGCCAAGUAAGAGACACCAGUGAUGAUGUCCUACGGAGAGACUGGUCCCUACGGGACCAACAAGCAAAGGCAUCAAAGAUCAGCAAUGACUCUCCUGCUCCCGGCAGAAUCCUGGACAAGAACACAGUGGGUCCACAGAAAAGAGGGUUUAAAGGUUCCAGACCUGCCCCGAACUCCGCAGGGACGCCGAAACCAGCAAAGACCAACUUUGUCCCAUUCGAAGUGAAGAUGGCUGAUUUUCCAGAGUUGGCCGGUGUUCCGCUGGGUAAAGCAGGGCCCCCUGUUCUUCAGAAAGAGUGCUGGGGUCCAACUCUUCCAUCCCCAAGUCCUCGAAUGCAAACGUCGGCAUCUGACUGGAAGUCUGGCAGGAGACGAUCCCCCACUCGGCCUGAUCCCCAACAAAGUGCCACUAAUGUGAAGCCAGACCCAACUGCCAUCCCACCAGGUGAGCCAGUGGUGACAUCCUGGGCUAAUGUCGCCUCUCAGCCUCCAAGGAAGGUGGUCCCUAAAGAGAAGACAAUCAGCAUGCAGACAGAGGAAAUGGCUGCAGAGCAGGAAGAGGACUCCCCGGGGAAGAAGAAACGGAAGAAAAAGAAGAAGAAGAAGACGACUCAAGGUGCUGGUGACGAUGCAGAACUGGAGUCAGAAGAACUGGCAGUUUAUCAGGAGCCUCCAAAGUUUGAGGAUGAAGAGGAGUUCCCAGGCUUGACUCCGGCUUUCACUCGGACUGAUAGAUUGAUAAGCAGCAGCAAUGCAGCAAAGCUAUGCAAUGAGGAAAACCAAAGAGUUGGAGCUCAGCGACAGUCUGCUGACCAGAACAAGGAAAAGUCAACUGCAGCAAAAACUCUGCCCACGGAGACGGCUAAAAAAGGACAGAAAACAGAAAAGGUGUCCGGUAAGAAGAGCAAAGUUCCUGUUCAGCUGGACAUCGGAAACAUGUUGGCCGCUCUGGAAAAGAAGCAGCAGUCUCAAAAAGCCAAGCAAGAUGCCAAGCCAGUCAUUCUCUCAGUUGGUGGGGGACUGCCUGUUGUCCAGAAGCAGCCAUCAGUCCAGAAGAAGCCGCCCUGGCAGCAUGAUAAGAUUGCACACAAUCCCCUGGACUCCACCUGCCCUUUGGUGAAGAAAGGAAAGCAGAGAGAGGUGCCCAAAGCCAAGAAACCCACUCCCCUCAAAAAGGUCAUUUUGAAAGAGAGGGAAGAGAGGAAACAGAAACGUUUGCAGGAGGAGAGAGGUCUGCCGCCUGAGAAUGAGCUUGAACCUUCUCAUGAUCACGCCGAAGAAGAGCAGUGCGACGCGAUUAUCACAGAUGACAUUCAAACCUUAGAUGAGGUUGGGAGUCCUACAGAGGACCUCGACGAUCAGUCUGAGUUAAGUGGCACAAACCAGACGGUGAAAGAAGCAGAUGAGGAGGAGACCGACAAAGAUGAAGCCGUAGAGCAACCAGCCACCUCACCUGUGCCCUGCCCAGUCAAUCGACCUAAAAUCCACAACAGGAAGUUCAGAGACUACUGCAGCCAGAUGCUGAGUAAGGACGUGGACGAGUGUGUGACGACCCUGCUGAAGGAGCUGGUGCGUUUCCAGGACCGCCUGUACCAGAAGGACCCCAUGAAGGCCCGCAUGAAGAGGCGGCUCGUGAUGGGGCUCAGGGAGGUCCUGAAGCACCUCAAACUCAGGAAGGUCAAAUGUGUCAUCAUCUCGCCAAACUGCGAACGAAUCCAAUCCAAAGGCGGCCUGGACGAGGCUCUGCACACCAUCAUCGACACGUGCCGCGAACAGGGGUUACCGUUCGUGUUCGCACUCUCCAGGAAAGCUUUGGGUCGCUGCGUCAACAAGGCGGUGCCCGUCAGCCUGGUGGGCAUCUUCAACUAUGACGGUGCACAGGACUACUACCACAAGAUGAUCGAGUUGUCAUCUGAGGCCCGGAUAGCCUACGAAGUGAUGGUGUCAAGUCUGGAGCACACGGGCCAGGAAGAGGCAGAGGCAGAACAGGCAGAGCCCAGUGGGGAAGAGCUGCAGAUCAGCAGCCUGGCUGUGGAGGCUGAGCCCAGCCCUGACCCCACACACCCAGAAGAACCAGAAUACAUUAAGAUUUGGAAGAAAAUGCUGGAGAAGGAGUACAACCAUACAUUUUUGAACUUUGAGGAGCAGCUGAGCUCCUUGUGCGUGGACAGUGAAUGUACGGGAAACACUGAUGAAGAUUUGAAGAGUUGACAGUGGCGAAGCCGUCCGUGCCUGGGGAAGAACCCACUUGUGCUGAUCACCAGCUUAGAGGAAACCACUAGAAGAAGCAGCACAAGGUUCUCUUUUGUAGUGGAUCUCGACCUGGGGUUGGGAUUAACAGGAGAUUCAUAAUUUUGUUAAUAUUUGCCAUUAUGAUUGGGCGUUUUUUUUUUUUAAGCUAAAAGAAUUUUUGGGUGUUUGAAAUGUGUGUGUGAGAGUGUGUGAGUGUUGGUUGUAAACUGGAAAGGUUAACUACUACUACUAGGACCAAAGCUGUCACUUGAAGAGAUCCCACAAUCUGAAUUUUCAACCAUGUCGUCUGUGAACAUGUUCCGAAUGUGUGUAGAAAUAUUAACAAACUAUUAAGGACUAAGAACUAAUCAGUGAUCAUUUUAUUUUAGACUUUAGCCUGAGAGCUGUUGUCUGAAUUUUUUUCUUCUUUUUCUUUACUAAUUUGCCUAACUUAAUUUAUGGAAAGUAGAGACACUAGAAUGGCACUCAGUAGAGUGCAAACCUCCGCCGAGGCCCAACAGUCCCCUUAAAGUCAAGCCACACUAAAUUACACAAACUCAUAGAUACCUGUCCCCUAAAUAUGGCAGUUUUCAAUUCGCCUUUGGGAGAAUAGUGUACAUCAACAGCCCAUUAAAAGAAAAUUUAGUAUACUGUGUUUUAUGGACAUAGCAUGUGCAUUUUUUUCUCAGGAUUGUUUGCGUAACUUCACAGUUGAUAUAUUUUGUGCAGAAAUUCACAAACCGAAACUACAAACAAAGAAAAUAAUUUUCCAACAUCGUUGUAGAACAUCUUACUGACCCUUACUUGAGCCCAGAGUCCUAAUCCUCCAGGUCACAGUGACACACCUAGGUUGAGUUAGAAAUUGUUCUUAAUUUACAUAAAAGAAAUGAAAUCUUUUCUACCUGACAUGGGAGAAUUUUAUUGUGCUUUUCAUGAGAUUGCACUAUAGUAGAGCAUAUGAUUUUGAUAACAAUAAGUAGGUACAAUGCACAACAUGUAGGACUGCCCCUGAUCUGCUUCUUUUAAUAGGAAAGUUGAGGGAAAACUAUCUGCAAAAUGGCAAAAUUAUAAAUGUAAUAAAAAAGACAUUGACAGUAUUAAAUUGCUGGCAGAUAAUUACAUUAAAAGAAGCAAUAAAUUGCCACAUUUGAAAGGGGCAAAACAAAUUAAGUCAGAAAUCACAUUUGAUGAACAUCUUUAGUUAGAGAGGACUCACUUUUAUGAUCAUGUGAAGACUUGUAGUUGUAAUUUUGAAUUGUUGAUUUAAACAUUUUCGUUAUGGUCUGAUGUGGAAAAGUGCAGAUAAAGGACCUUGUUUUCUUCUUGUUCUUUGGAGUCUGUGAGGUAUCGGGUUCAAGCAAGGUGAUGUGAUGACAAAGUCUCACUGAAUUAGAAGUAGGACGUAGUUCUACACCAAUAAAGAAUAUGAAAAUUAAAUUGUAAUGCUAAAUUAUACAUUUUCUCAGAAUUAUCUUGUUUGAAUUUUGAUUUUCUUUACACCUGAAACAGACAAUUUAGUCAAACUUCCGGAAUUUCUAAUUUGCAAUAUGCAUCGUGCCACUCUUUGUACAUUGUCCUUGUUUGUAUGAAAUAAAAUGAUUUUGAGAUAAUUUUUACCAACAUAUUCAAAUUCUCUUACUACUUCUCACCCUAAAUUGGUAUAAAAAUUUGAUCUCUUUAAAUGCCUCGUACAAUGUGAUGUCAAGUAGCCUGUGUUGGCUCUACAUGUCAAAGGUUUCUUUUCAAAAGGAUUCCUUUUCUCGAAGUUAAAAAACUUCUAAAUUCAGUUGCAUUGUGUCCUGCAAAAUAAAUAUUGUUUAUUAUGAAAUAAAUUGAUUAUAAGGAA